UGUCCGGGAGUCACAAGAGUGUCUGGGCCAGACUCUAAGCUGGAUUCUAAUUGGUCUCCUGCCUAUUCUACUUUGUGUGAAAUACCCCCAGGGCCAACCAAGGCAAUGUCGAAAAACAAGGAAAUGGACAUAGAUGAAAGCCUUUACUCUCGUCAGCUGUAUGUGCUAGGUCAUGAGGCGAUGAAGCAUCUCCAGGCUUCCAGUGUGCUGAUAUCAGGCCUGCAGGGCCUGGGUGUGGAAAUUGCCAAAAAUAUCAUCCUUGGUGGGGUUAAGGCUGUCACUCUCCAUGACCAGGGUACUGCCCAGUGGGCUGAUCUGUCUUCCCAGUUCUACCUGCGUGAAGAAGAUAUUGGCAAAAACCGAGCUGAGAUAUCCCAGCCGCGCCUUGCCGAACUCAACAGUUACGUGCCUGUGCACGCCUACACUGGACCCUUAAAUGGGAGCUUCCUUACUGGUUUUCAGGUGGUGGUUCUUACCAGUGCUCCUUUGGAAUAUCAGCUGCAGGUGGGUGAAUUCUGCCAUAGCCAUGGAAUCAAGCUGGUGGUAGCAGACACUCGGGGCCUGGUGGGACAACUGUUCUGUGACUUUGGAGAGGAAAUGAUUCUCACUGAUUCAAAUGGGGAACAGCCACUCAGCGCCAUGGUUGCAAUGAUCACCAAGGAAAAUCCAGGGCUUGUCACCUGUUUGGAGGAAUCACGGCACGGAUUUGAGAGUGGCGACUUUGUCUCUUUCACAGAAGUUCAGGGCAUGAGUGAACUGAAUGGCAUUGGUCCCAUAGAGAUCAAAGUUCUGGGUCCCUAUACCUUUAGUAUCUGUGAUACCACCAGCUUCUCUGAGUACAUCCGUGGAGGCAUUGUCAGUCAAGUGAAAGUAUCUCAGAAGAUCAGUUUUAAACCCCUACUUGCCUCCUUGGCAGAGCCAGAUUUUGUGGUAACAGAUUUUGCUAAGUGUUGUCGCCCUGCUCAGCUGCACAUUGGCUUCCAGGCCCUGCAUCAGUUCUGUACUCAACACAGCAGGCCGCCUCGACCCCAUAAUGAGGAGGAUGCUGCAGAAGUGGUGACCUUAGCGCAAGCUGUGAAUGCUCAAGCUUUGCCAGCAGUUCAGCAGGAUUGCCUGGACAUAGACCUCAUCCGGAAGUUGUCUUAUGUAGCUGCUGGGGAUCUGGCACCCAUGAAUGCCUUCAUUGGUGGCUUGGCUGCCCAGGAGGUCAUGAAGGCUUGUUCUGGAAAGUUUAUGCCCAUUAGGCAGUGGCUGUACUUUGAUGCCCUUGAAUGUCUCCCAGAGCACAGAGUGGCCUUCAUGGAAGAAAAGUGCGUGCCGCGUCAGAACCGUUACGAUGGGCAAGUGGCUGUGUUUGGAUCAGACCUACAAGAGAAGCUUGGCAAGCAGAAGUACUUCCUGGUGGGUGCAGGUGCCAUCGGUUGUGAGCUGCUCAAGAACUUUGCCAUGAUUGGCCUUGGCUGUGGAGAGGAUGGAGAAAUCACAGUUACAGAUAUGGACACCAUUGAGAAGUCAAACCUGAACCGUCAGUUUCUCUUCCGUCCCUGGGAUGUCACCAAGUUAAAGUCUGAGACUGCUGCUGCAGCAGUGCGAAACAUAAACCCACACAUCACGGUGUUCAGCCACCAGAAUCGAGUAGGCCCUGAGACAGAACACGUGUAUGAUGAUGACUUCUUCCAAAACAUUGAUGGUGUGGCCAAUGCCCUGGACAAUGUGGAUGCCCGUUUGUACAUGGACUGCCGUUGUGUGUACUACCGUAAGCCUCUGCUGGAAUCAGGCACACUGGGCACCAAGGGCAACGUGCAGGUGGUUGUUCCCUUCUUGACAGAAUCUUACAGCUCUAGCCAGGACCCACCUGAGAAAUAUAUCCCUAUCUGCACACUGAAGAACUUCCCCAAUGCCAUUGAGCACACCCUGCAGUGGGCUCGCAAUGAGUUUGAAGGGCUCUUCAAGCAGUCAGCAGAAAACGUUAACCAAUAUAUCACGGACCCCACAUUCAUGAAGCGAACAUUGCAGCUAGCAGGCACCCAGCCUGUGGAAGUCCUGGAGGCUGUACAGCGCAGCCUGGUCCUGCAGAGGCCACGUACUUGGGCCGACUGUGUGACUUGGGCCUACCGGCACUGGCACACCCAGUAUUCUGACAACAUCCAGCAGUUGCUGCAUAACUUCCCUCCAGACCAGGUUACGAGCUCUGGGGCACUCUUUUGGUCAGGACCAAAACGCUGUCCACAUCCGCUCACCUUUGACACAACCAAUCCCCUGCAUCUGGAUUAUGUGAUGGCUGCUGCCAACCUGUUUGCCCAGACAUACGGACUAGGAGGAUCCCAGGACUGUGCUGCUGUGGCCAAACUCCUACAGUCUCUGCCAGUCCCCAAGUUUUCUCCCAAGUCUGGCAUCAGGAUCCCUGCUUCUGAGCAGGAGCUGCAGAGCAUCAGUGCCACAGUUGAUAACAGCCAUCUGGAGAACCUCAAGAUUUCACUUCCUACUCCAGACAAGCUGCGUGGAUUCAAGAUGUACCCCAUUGACUUUGAGAAGGAUGAUGACAGCAACUUCCACAUGGAUUUCAUUGUGGCAGCAUCCAACCUCCGGGCUGAAAACUACGGCAUUUCCCCUGCAGACCGGCAUCAGAGCAAGCUGAUUGCGGGGAAGAUCAUCCCAGCCAUUGCAACCACCACAGCAGCUGUAGUUGGCCUUGUGUGUCUGGAGCUGUACAAGGUGGUUCAGGGACACCGACAACUGGAGUCUUACAAAAACAGUUUCAUCAACUUGGCUCUGCCUUUCUUUAGCUUCUCUGCACCCCUAGCUCCAACUUAUCACCAGUACUAUGAUCAGAAGUGGACAUUGUGGGAUCGCUUUGACGUACAGGGACUGCAACCCAGCGGAGAGGAGAUGACCCUCAGGCAGUUUCUAGACUACUUUAAGGCAGUGCACAAGCUGGAGAUCACCAUGCUGUCCCAGGGUGUAUCCAUGCUCUAUUCCUUCUUUAUGCCAGCCACCAAGCUCAAGGAAUGCUUGGAUCAGCCGAUGACAGAGAUUUUGAGCCGUGUGUUAAAGCGAAAACUGGGCCAUCGUGUAAAGACCCUUGUGUUUGAGCUGUGCUGCAACAGUGAGAGUGGAGAGGACAUCGAGGUUCCUUAUGUACGAUACAUCAUCCGUUGAACUCCAUUCUUUCAGUUCUGUCAGCCCACAGCAAAACCCUUGUAGUUAGGAUGAUCCCGGAGUCCGGACUUGCUCGUUCCCAAGAUGUUUUUUUUUUAGUGAUUUUGUUUUUUACGCUGUUUAGAACUGAAAGUCAUAAUAAUAAAUUUUCAGGCU